CAGGAAAACAAGCCUUCCCUGCCACAACGGCCUGGCCCCCUGGUGCCAGCUGCCUUGGUUUCCUAUCCUGUGGCUCCCAGCAGCUGCAUCCAGGAUCCUCUCUCUCAGAGCAAUAAAGCAUGGAGAAUUUUCAAGCAAGACUGGGGCACCACUUUGCCACUGGGAUGAGAGCCCGUGACUACUGUGACGACUUUCUGCUCCCAAAGGUGCACAGGACCAUGUCAGACCUGUGGUUGGUUUACUCCAAGCCUGUCCCAGCAAAUGGCAGAGAACGGGGGACCUUGUUUCUGCAGUGCUCCUGCGUUACAGCCGUGAUGGGAGGCCUCUUCUACAACUGGAUGUUUGCAUCCCUGGAGUAUUCCUGGCAUUUCUCUGUUGCAAUGGCCACCUCUUUCAGUCUGCUUCUUCUCCUGACCCUUUUCUUGGUGCAUCCUGCCCGCUGUGUCUUCAGUAUGAUCAUGCCUACGUUAGGUACCAAGCAAGGCCGGAAGCUCCUCUUGUCGACCUGCAUCAUGAUAGCAGUGGUGAACUUGACACCCAACAUCUUAAGCAACAUUAAAACCAUCCUGCAGCUUAUCAGUUGCAUCUGCAAGAAUUCCUCUGAGAGUCUUUUGAACUCAACUGCUCUGCUAGGGACAGCUUCCUGGGAGUUUGGGAGUGUAAUCCAAGAAAACAUUGAUUCCAUUAAUAUUCACAGGCCUAUGAAUGGUCAUUUUCAGUUCUCACUGCUUACGAACAGCUCCUUGAUUUACCAGCAACUGCACCUUGCUGGUGAGAAAAUUGGGAGGGACUUUUUGGCUGUUGAGGUACUGGUGAAAGACUCUGUACGAGUAGGCAACAAGCUGGUUGCUGGCUUCUCUAUGCUCUACCUCUGCUUUGAGUCCAGCUGGUAUUUGAAAAACUACCUCACCAACCUCCGCUUUGACAAUUUUUACGUCACCAAGAAGCUGGAGCGUUUAGCUGCGGACAGAAAAGCAUCUCAUCUGCUGGUGGGCUCAUCCAAAAACCUCCUUCGACCGACAGGCUUGAAGUUGUCCCGGGAAGAAGCGUUGCUGUGCCUUGUGCAGUCCAUGCUCCUCACCGUGGCCCUGCUGCUGCUGCUGCUGCUGGUGGCCAUGGACCACCUGGCGUUCCGUGUGGCCGACACGGCGGUGAGGAAGGCUGCUCAGUUCUCUGCAGUGCCCGUUGCUCUCAGCAUCAAGUACAGAGCUGAAAUAAGUAUCCUGCCCUCUACUUUGAAGCUUUUCGGGCUUUCUUCUCAUUUAUCACCUUGGGACUUUGAAAGAAGUUACCACCAUUAUCUGAACUUCAGCUCUGCCCACUGCAGGAUCAGCCCCCCAGCACCUCCCAACCCUUCUGUGCUGCUUGUCCUGGGGCUGCUCUUCUGCAUCCUCUAUGCCACCACAUUCCUGGGAACCUAUGCCCGCCGCCUAUGCAGAAAGAUUGCAAGCUCCUUCUUUGAGGGGUGGGAGGAGAAGCGAGCACUUUACCUCUACAAGAAGCUGUCCAAGAAGCACAAGAAGGAGCAAAACUGUGUGAGAAAAUAAGGGUACUUUUGGAAAUGCAGGGGAUGCCUUGAGAGCUGUGGUCAGUGGCUGGGCACUCUUCAAGGUCUUUUCCAACCUAAAUGACUCUAUCAGUCCAAUUUAGGCCAAGUCCCUGGAGCACCUCAGAAGUGGUGGACAGAAACCUGACAUUUGAGUCAGUGAUCUGCAGGGAACAGGGAUGCAGCAAGAUCUGGGGGGCUGGGCUUGUCUGAACCAGGCUGGUUUUACAUGUUGGGUUGUUUCAAACUCAGAAAAUAUGGUAUUAUAUCCAAGGUGCAAAAAUCCAUCACUGGGGCAGCAUCUGGGGUUGCUUUUGGAAGAGAGACCAAUCAGACACCUCUGUGAGGUCAAGGGCCAGAGGAAGGGGUUGGGGGGGGGAUGUAAAUCAGGAGCAGGUUAAAAACAAAGCAACUUCACAGCUUCAUUUCUUCAAAACAUCUCUAUUAUUUUCCUUCUUUCUCUCAUUAGAGUCUUCAUUAAGGCAAUUAUUUGACAUAAUGCACCUCAAUAAGAUUAAAUUACAGAAGUGAAGUGGCAGCUGCAGCCAGAUGCACCAAAUUCUCUCAGCUUCUGAGGUGCUUAAAACAAAGUAGGCCUGGAUUUAUUUUGUUUUGAAGCAUCCAUCUAACAAAGACCUGGUGCAUUCAUCUCCCCAGGUUUCUUAAUUCCCUGCUGUUCUAUUGAUUAAUCCAAACACCUUUCUACCUCUACAGCAAGUAGGGGGCUUUGUUAUGUAUUUCUGUAAAAAAUACCCUGUGCUCCAUUGUCUGGGGAAAGCAAAGAGAUUUCCAGUGCCCAUUGAGUACCCAAAAUUAUUUGGAGCCAGAGGUUAAAGUAGCUGGGAGAACAGGGGAGCCCCUUCAGCCAGCAGAGCAUCCCAGCAGCACGUUGCCUUCCACCAAGCACAUCUUUAAAAAAAGCUUUUCCUUGGGGAGACUUUUUUUAUUCUUAAUUUUGCAAGAGAUGCACAUUAAUCUGUAAGAAACGAUGAUACUUUUUUUUUUAAUUGCCAGCAGC